CGAGCGUACCGAGCGGAAGUCGGUCAAUCAGUGCGAGAACCAGUGCGCAACGGUUCACAUCCGGGUUCCGCAAACAGCAUCAUCAGCAGCUGCUGCUGGUUGCUGAGCUUGCGUGCAGGUGUAAGAAAUCCUAGAAGAAGAAAACAGUUACAAAAAAUAUAACGCUCGAAUGGUUUAGAAACAGUGACAAUUUUGAAGCGGAAUAACAUCCUCAAACGUUGUGGUUCCACAAAAUGUGUUUUCCAUGGUGCAGACAAACAUCAGAGUGACAGUACGUUGCACAAUCUUCAACCCACAAGCAAAGCGAGAGCGACGCAUUUUCCUGCCGUCGAAGUAAUCACCAGCCGGAGCCUGCUGAUGUUUUAAUGAGCUGCCACUUGGUGACCUGUCGUGCUAAUGGAUAUGCAGUCAUACGCAGCAAAAUAAAUGCAAAAGACGCGACGGUGGAAACAUGAGAAUAAACACGUUCAGCGACAGGAUGGCUGAGUCGGUUUUGGCCUGCCCAUCCCGUACCGUACGACUCAGCUUAAUUAAAUUCGAACAAUCAGCGCCAACUGACCGCUCUAGCAUCCGCAGCGAGUAAAAUUAGUGUUUCAGAGCACGUGUACGAAGCGCGCUGAUAGGGCUCCAGCUCCCGGGCGCAAGGAUAUUCGUCGGCGGGGUUUUCUAGCGUCCGGUGAUGGGUCACCAGGAUGCGAUGCAUGGGUAACGACUUCCAUCAACAGAAGCCACCAUCAGUGUGUGUGUCCAGUGUUUUUCGUUCGCCUAAUGGUAGCGACACACCCAUCCGGCCGGCCAUUACUUCCGGGAUGCCCGGGCUCGCUUGGAAUGGAUCGUUCUAAAACGUGUGAUUGUAAUGUUUUGUAGGUGUGUGAAUCUGCUCAGUCUGUGUGUGUAUGUGUGUGUGAGUGCUUUUGUAAAUCUCUAUGCGUACGUGUGCUUUGCGUGUGAAUAAACCGGUGCAAUCACAAAUGAGUGUCAGUAUUGGAAGGACAUAGCGAAACCCGCAUAGCUAUUACACCACUGCGCCGUUUAUCGUGGCCCAUCCCAGUGUGUGUGUGUGUGAGUGGGUGAUGCGAAUCCCACCCGAGUGAAAAUGUUCACCAGCCGCAGUGUAUCGACAGCGUCGCCGGAAGUGAACAUCAUUGGGGCCGCUACGCUGCGCCUAGCCGGACCGGUUCAAUCCACCCUGAACGGUACGCUGGCGACGGUCGCGUCGGCGAUAACGUCGGCGGCCGGCUCGUCAACGCUCACCUCGCUCACAAUGGCACCGACGUCCGGGGGAGGGCCGGAGCCGGACGGUGCCGGUGGCGUCUGGAAUGGGACCGCCGAUCAGCCCGGGACGGCCACCGCGGUCAACGUGACCGAACCCACCGCGUCAACAAUCGUAGAACCAUCCGAUCGGCUCAUCGAGCUGACGGUACUGUGCUUGAAGAGUCUCAUCUUCGGAUCGAUCAUCAUCGGGGCUGUGCUAGGCAAUGCACUCGUAAUCAUUUCGGUGCACAAAAAUAGAAAGUUAAGAGUAAUAACCAACUACUUUGUAGUAUCAUUAGCAAUGGCGGACAUGCUGGUAGCGCUCUGUGCGAUGACAUUCAACGCAUCGGUGGAGCUGUCAGGAAGGUGGCUCUUCGGACCGUUCAUGUGCGACGUGUGGAACAGCCUGGACGUUUACUUCUCGACGGCGAGCAUACUUCACCUUUGCUGCAUAUCGGUCGACCGGUACUUUGCCAUCGUACGUCCCCUGGAGUACCCACUGUACAUGACGCAGCGGACCGUGUUCUUCAUGUUGGCGAACGUUUGGGUGCUGCCGGCACUGAUAUCCUUUACGCCCAUAUUUCUCGGCUGGUACACAACCGCGGAACAUCUGGCAACGCUAAAGAUUAAGCCGGACCUGUGUAUAUUCGUUGUAAAUAAAUCCUACGCAAUCAUUUCCAGCUCGAUCAGCUUCUGGAUACCGGGCAUCGUGAUGAUAACGAUGUACUACCGAAUCUACAAAGAAGCGGUACGCCAGCGGAAAGCACUGAGCCGCACCAGUUCAAACAUACUGCUAAACAGCGUGCAAAUCAACAACGCGUCCAAUACGCUGCACGCGAACCAUCACCACAAUCACCACCACCUGCAGCACCAUCGGAAUCACCAUCUGCGUGCGAGCGACUGCGAUCUCGGCAUCGACAUUAAAGACAUCCAGCACGAUACACACAGCGAGCUGAGCGAUCUUGACUUACAGGUGCCAAUAGUGCCAACGGUCGUUGCCAACACUGACGACGACUUUCUCGUUCCGUCCUCGCCACCGCGUCGCCUGAGCCGCAGCAGCAUCGAUCUCCGUGAUCUAGAAUACAAGAACGAGAGCAAAAUCAAAAGCUCCGACAGUGUGUCCUCCAUCUUUCCGCUGCACUACGAAAACAAUCUGCGCUACUCGGGCUCGGAACCGAUACACAUAAAGGAUGCACAACAGCAACAGCAACAGCAGCAACAGAACGAUCACCAGCAGCGUCGCGCCUCACGUAAGGACAGUUUCCGCCAGAUCAACUUCUUCCAACCAUUUUUCUCGCGCAACAGCCUGCUGAAGACAUACAUAAAACGUGCAGCUGAUGGUGGUGGUGCUGCCCCAACUACUGCUGCACCAGGCACUGGUAGUAGUACGGCAAUAGGUGGCAGUAGUCUGAACAACAGCAACCUGAAUCGGUCGACCGAGCGAAACAACAAAAACAAUGACAACCGUUCCAAUAACAACAUCCUGGAUCUGAUCAAUGUUGCCUCCUCGCUGAACAAAGACUCGGAGAAAGAGGUGAAUACUCACAAACGCCACCAGAUAGCGGCCAGCGAGUCCGACUUUCUUACCAUGAUCGAGAAGCAGCGUCAGAAGCUGGGCAAGAAUACGAACAGCCUGAAGAACUGCAACAAAGACGAGAAGGAGCUUAUCUAUGCGCUGAGUGAUUCGGACUUUAACGCUGCACUGCAAAAGCAGGAUGAAGGUGUGGCUAGACGAUGCUUCAAGAAUCUGGUCAGCAGUGAGGUUGGCAAGGAAGGUAUCUUUAAAAUUGUGCUUAACAGUGAAGGAAGUGGUACGGGUGAAGGUGGUGCACCCCCGGCAGUGCAUGGUGCAGCCGGAGUUGAUGGCUCAAGCGCGAUGGAUACGCCGGAUAUCUUGAUCGGAUGUUUCGAUCACGGCUUCUCGGGAUCACGGCCUAAUCUGAACAUCCCAACGGUUAAGGAGCUCGUCGCAGAUGAGAGUGCCCUCAUUAAAACGUCCAGCUUGAAGGUGGCCGUACCGUCGAGUGGUACCGGUUCGUCCGAAGUGUUAGAAGGCACUAAAGUUAUCGAUCUCAUAUCGACGAUCAACGGUACAGCGGUUGAAGAGUUACGUUCACCGAAAGCAUCGCUUCAGAGCCGCUCAUCUGCAGCAGACAAUCAACUAUCGACGACGCUAAAUGUGUCGUUGAAUGCACGUUGCAGCCCGGUGAAUAUUCAACUGAGUGAAGCGUCUACCAUCUCGCUCGAUCUUGUUGCAACGAGCCCGAAAGAAAAGCUUCCGAAGGUUCCUACUUCGGCACCGGCAACCGUCACCACCAUCGACAUUGCAAGCGAAAUGAUGAUGCUGUCCGACAAUCCGGACAUCGUGAUCGACAACAGCCACACGGGAGCAACGGUAUCGCCUACAUCGCGUACCGUUACACCCUCGCGAGCACCAUCGAUCAUGACGCCGUCACCACAACACCCGCGGCUCGGACGCAAGCGACAGUCAUCCACCGUGACGUACAACAUCAACGUAAUCAACUUCCAGGCGGGCGAUAAUCCUGACGAUGACUCCAGCUAUCAACUGAAUAAUCGGAAUGGUAGUGGAACGUACGGUGGAGGGGGAGCGGCAACGGCGGGUGGACGAUCAAACAGCUCUACGAGUGGUACCUCGACCCGCCCUUCGAAGGGUUGGCGAGCGGAGCAUAAGGCAGCACGGACGCUCGGAAUCAUCAUGGGAGUGUUUCUGCUCUGCUGGCUACCGUUCUUUCUGUGGUACGUCAUCACAUCGCUGUGCGGCGACGAAGCCUGUCCCUGCCCGGAUGUUGUCAUCACUGUACUGUUCUGGAUCGGGUACUUCAACUCGACCCUCAAUCCGCUCAUCUACGCUUACUUCAACCGAGACUUCCGGGAAGCGUUCCGGAACACGCUCCAAUCCCUGCUGCCCUGCUUCGUCCACCGCAGCCCGUACGGUCACAGCGUGUACUACGUGUAGUAUUAAGUGCAUACCCGUAGGUUACAUUGUGUCUGUCUCCCACACGCUUUCUGUUUGCCCGGUAUUUUUGUUUGUUUGUAUUACCCGGUACACUAAACGCGCCAGAGGAAAGAAUGUUGUGGAAAACCUGGGAUCCCCUGCGGGAGAAAAACAUGUCACUGUUCCAUCUUGACGUAAACUUGCCUUUUUCGUUCAGCGAAGAGAGAAAAAGAAACGGUAACAGCAAACAAACGAAAGUAACAACCUUCCCACCUUGAUUGAAUGAACCGUGUAUGAUGAAUAUCUCCAUCAGAAACACUGUGUGUGUGAGUGUGUGUGUGUGUGUGUGUGUGCUCCCCUGGUUGCCCUCCUUAAAACGCACCUUUUUAUCUACCCACGGGAGCAACCACAACCUUUCCAUUUUCCCCCGGUCCCAGUGUCCCGAUGACGCCCUCCCCCCUCCCAUCCAUUCCCUUGAAGCGUUGAUAAGCUCUGCGGUAAGCUUUUGCUCCGCGGGGUAUCAUGUUGAUCGAGUCUGACACUUUGUGCUGCAUAAUUGAACGAUUUCGGUACCACCCGCCGAGGUGUCACAGAGUGCGGUUCGGAGGGUAGCAAGAACUCCCGGUUCCCUAAACAUGGCCCCGGAGUCUGGGUGUUUGGAUUCAAAAUCGAAUUAGACAGCUGCUCGCAACGCAGCUUGGGAGGGAGCAAACGGGAGCGAAUGGUAUGCUCGAGCUGACAGCUAUUGUCCUGCACCAGGUAUCGGGCGGGUCACCUGCCAUACCUGCGGGGCAAAAGGGUGCGUGACAAAGGCGAAACAACCGACUGUUUGCUCACUUCCAGCCGGCAGAUUGUGUCAGCUUUGAUCAAUUCGCGCGACUCCCCGUUUGGCGGGGACAAAUAUUGACAAACAUUGCCGGGUGUAUUGAGAGCUUGGAUCCUUGGCACACAAGGUACGCGGUGCUUCGCUAUGCUCGGGACACACACACACACGCGCGGGCGCACAUACAGCUCUGUGUGCGUUACAGUAGCACAACACAACGGUACACGGCGAAGGCAAACAUACGGAGGUGCAAACGCUAUCAGGCGUUAUUUACCCAUCAGCUUUCCUGAGCCCAACAGGGAAUUGGCUACCUGUUUGAAUGUGUCGCCUGUCGUCAUCGGGGCUGGUGCUGUGCUUUUUCCUGCCAAGCGAAUAACGUUGGUUGUCCCAUUGCUGGACCAAAUUUGGCAAUAAUCCGAUUUCCGAAAAAAAACCCCACCAGAGUGUAAUUGCAAGGGAAUGGCGUUGCGUUCGAGGCUACAAUCAAUAUUGGUUCUACACUCACACACCCAUACGCUCGCUAUCGCAUAGAUAUCUAACAAAACGCACAAAUUUGACGGAGAAAAACAAGUCCACGCUUCUACCGGAUGUUUUUGUAUAUCUUGUUUUGUUCUCCGAAUGAAGCUGUGACUCUGUCAUUACAGACUGAAUGGGAGUGAAUAUCGCUGAAGGGGACACCAUUCACAGAACGGGCAAUACUACUCGUUCGCUUUUGGUAAACAUUCUUCCGUGUGUGAAUGGUUGAUUUUCCAAAUCCAAUAACGGACAGGGCAUAUACUAUUGUGAAAUGUAGCAAUAAUAGUUGUUAUCAAAUGAAUUCCCCUCCCAACCAAAUGAAAUCCAUUCCAUCCUUCCCCGAAAGUACUUGCUAGGAAGCAUACCGAAUAUCGUGACUUACGUCCGGAACCUGGUCCGGUUGUCGGUAGUCACAAGCAACCACACUCAGAUGCCCCACCACGGUAGAAGUUAUCAAUAGAUGUGUGAAUGCCGGUGUGUCUAACAAUAAAGGCGAGCAGAACCCGCACUAUAUCAAAACAAAAUUGACGAUGGGUAUGAAGGAACCUGAGGCAAUGAAAUUUAGGUAUUCAUAGACUCAUAGCGUCCCUGGUUUUAAGGGAUAAGCAUGAUAGUAUAUAGCGUGUAGCAGUGUGUUGUCAACGGUUUGAUUUGAUAUUUUCCGUUCGUUCGAAGCUUUACAUUAAUUUGCGCCAAAUCGAUUGCUUCAGGAGGACGAUGGAUGAAACAGUGCCGUGAAAUAUUUCACCAAUCUGUGCAAACUUUCAAGCCGUACGUCAUCACUAGUGGCGCCAUCACUUGUGAAAGCUUCCGUUGUUUGUUGUUUAGUACAAAGCGCUGUAAAAUGGUCGUGUAGUGGCUUUAUACGUUUUAUACACAGCCUUUUUCAAUUAAGAACACUGUGCAUCAUUCAAACACCAAUUUUGGUUGAAAGAAGCGAUGUAGAACAUUUUGUUUUAAGCGUAGAAAAAACGGUUUUGCUUUUCACAGCAAUCUGAAUCGACAAUCCAGCGCAUUUAGGGCACAAUUCUUUCGAUUGGAGAGUGUUUUUUUAGUUGUGCAUCAUUGCAACUCGGAAUGAUAUUAGACAGCAAACCAAACAUAAGUGUUAGUUGGCAUAGUGUUUUGUAGUAGUAAACGCAUCUGAACCAUCGCUGUCGUCCAUCAGGAUGGUUCUAAUAUCAUGAAGUAAGCAGUAAUCUUCAAAGCGUAGGAAAAAACAUUGCGUGCAGCAAACAAAUGAUGAGUGUGGGAGUAGAAGAAUCAAUUUCAAACCAAAGUACUGUUACAAACUUUCAAGUGAGACAGCUCCUAGCUUAAACAUUGAGACGGGUAAAUUAACACUAGUAAACGUGGUGUGCCGACGGCACGCAGUGUGUUGGUGUGAGAAAUAUUUUGUAUAGAAACCUUAGCGCAACAUAGGAAAAAUGUUCACAAAACAGAAAGCAAAACGGCGCCACACAUGUAAAGGUUGUUCCCCUGUAAUUAUAUCCGUCAGCACACUGGCGGUAUUCAUCAGACGACUGUGCAAGCCUAUAGAGUAUGAAAGCAAAACCGAAACGCAAAACAAAUUAGCUCUGCAAAUUAUGAAACUAAAACUACUGUUACUUACAUCGCUACUGCUGCUGAAACGUCAAACCGGUAUUUAGUAGGAAACGCAAAUAGCAAAUAAACACGGGAACGGACAGCAAAACCAUAUCCCCCGCACAACUAACCGCUACGAUGUGUGAACCCAAACGCAAAUGAUGCGCACGCUAGUUAACGAAACUGUAUCGCUGUUUGAUGUACGAUGUUAAUUUGUAUGUGUGUAUGUAUGUUUGUGUGCAUGUGUGAUUGUGUAGGGUGAGAGAUUACGAAUAGGGCGGUGGUUAUUUUUUUCCUGCACAGGGCGAAAGCUUUUAAGUAUUAUGUUAAGAACUAUCUGUAAGAUCUAUCUGCAACGGUCGUAAGUUGAGUGUUUACGUUAAAAACUCAGUUCGAAUAGAAAAGGAGAGAGAAAGAGAGUUUAAGAUGCAUCGAUUGUACUCUCGCUAGGUAAAGCUAUAGCGCGCACUGUUAUACCCACUAUCGUUUCAGUGGUUUGCUGGACCGUGUUUUCUUCUCCAGCAUCGGAAGCUCUUUACCAACACUGAUUUAUUGAAGAUGGAAACCUUUUUGUGGUAGAAAACAGAUUCCUGCUAUCGCAUGUAUCUUCACUCAAACAGAGGCUCUCUCGACUAACAAUAAAUACUUGCAACAACCGUGAAUAAAGACUGUCGAAAAUAGAAACCAAA